CCAAUGGGUGACAAGGGGCAGAGUUGGAGGACUGCAUAUUAUUAACAUGUUAUGAUUGGAGGUGUUUAGGUAUUGAUCCUGUAUUUCUGUGUUAGUUAGAAACUCGUGCCUCGGUCGAUCUUUGCAGAACGUCUUAUACCUUUUGAAGUUUUAUUUUACAACGCCAAAAACAUGCCGAAGAGGAGGUCUGAGGAAGUUGCUGAUGGCAAAGACUCAAAAAAAGUAAUAAAGCCAGCGGCAACAAGAAGAUCUUCAAGAAUCUUAGCUCAAGGACCUCCACAACCUAAACAAGAGCCUAACAAUAAGAAGCCAGCUUCUAAGAAGCAAGCAGGGGAAAAGGCACCAGCAAAAGGCAAGAAAGGAGCUAAAAAAGACGACAAACCAGCUGAAGGCACUGUGCCUGCUGAAAAUGGGGAGACCAAGACUGAAGAGAUCUGUGUUUCUCGUUCCUCAGUUAGUGUGUCUGCAUCUAGAAGUACUCCUCCCAGCUUGCUGUCAGUAAAAGGGCAAGCUGAAACAGUGAAAGUAAAUAAGGGCACAAAAAACUGAAUCUGCGGGUGACAAGAAAGAAUGAAUGAAUGAAGCAUCUGACAUCAUGAACUUUCAGUUGAUUUUUAUGUACCUCUUGUACAAUGGGAAAGAAGAAUAUUUUUUAUGAAGUAUUUUGUAAAUGCAAUUUUUUUUUUUAGACCUGUAGUAGUGGAAUUUUACGAGUAUACAUUAAGAUGUAUUCUAAUAACAAGUCUUGCUCACUAGGAUGCAUUCUUACCAUUACUCCCUUGUUCAUGACAGUGGUUUGUUAUCUUUAUCAACUGAUAUUUAAUUUCACUUUGUUUAGUUUAGGUGACUUUAGAGCUUGUAGUGACUUGCGUAUGUGUGUUGGUAGAGUUUCUUUUUUUAUUGAAUUUUUUUUUUUUUGGGGGGCGAUUUUUAAAUAGCAAUAAUCAGUGGUGCUUUGUACUAAAAGUUUAAGUGGUUGUUUUUAAAAAAAAAAAAAAAGAUAUAUGUGAUCACUCACUAAUUGGGAUUAAUUCCAUGGAACUAUUUUAAAAUAAAAAAGCAACUUGUGCA